AUGACGUCUGGUACUGUCUCUUCUCUCCUCUUCCUUCUGCUCAGCUGCUCGCCGGCGCUGGCGCAGCAACAGGCACAGUUUAACCAAGUACUUAAUAUCAAUGGCGACAUGACGCUUAAUUCUUUCCAGUUCCAGGAUGGAUCGAAGGUGGAGACGUUCUCGCAGAAGCAGCAACAACUAAUUGUUAAUCAACAAACGCCUUCCAUCUCCGCCAACCAGGUCACGGGCUCCACCGGUAACCCGUUCGUGGCUCUCCAGCAGACUUCCAUGGUCAUCAGCACAAACGGUGCUUCGGACCUUGUCGGUGGACAAAUCGAGAUGGCCAUGUCCGCGCAGACGCUCCAGCAGGCGCAGAUCAAUCCCGACAACACAUAUGUAGCGAUGCUUUCGCCUGAUAGGCAAACCUGGAUGAUCCAAGAGACGGUGAGGAGCAUUAACAACACCGACAUGACUGUACGCAUGGUCAAGCGCUUGAACAUUGAUGGCGAGUACAUGAUGUUGGGGCGUCAGACGCAGGGCACUGAGACCCAGCUCACCACCUUUGGCAGUGACCAAGCCUCCCAGGUCACCAUCACAGGAACUGGACUGCAGGAGAACGAGUUCCAGGACGGUUUUCGCAUGUCUGUCAAGGCCACCCAACCUAUGACGAUGAACGUCGAUGUCAAGAAGGGCAUCGACUCAAGCAUGUUGGCUGCUCUCCAGGGCCAAGCAUCUGUCAACGACUACCGUUACUCCGUUACCACCAACCUUGCCGGUGUCCAGCCCAACCUCAACCAGCAGGUCACUGUCAUCCAGAUGCCCCUCAACGCUCAGCGAAUCCAGACCAUGAUGCAAGCUGCUGGCAUUCAGCCCGGCGGCCAGAUCCAACUCGGUGUUGCCCAGCGCAGCGUGCUCGGCAACCCUGGUGGUGCUACCACCAACCUUGGGACUGGAGCUGGCGCAGCCCCUCAGAAACGCGGCCGUGAGGCCUUCAGGGCCGCGCUCACUCGUCGCCAGACUGGUACUACGCAGGGUCAGACUGGCACUGGUCAACAAACUGGCACUGGUCAACAAACUGGCACUGGUCAACAAACUGGCACUGGUCAACAGACUGGCACUGGUCAACAAACUGGCACUGGUCAACAGACUGGCACCGGUCAACAAACUGGCACUGGUCAACAGACUGGCACCGGACAACAGACUGGCACGACCGGUACUACCAACCAGACCCAGCAAGGUCAGUCUGGACAGACUCAGCAGGGCACUGGACAACAGACCGGCACUGGACAACAAACUGGCACGGGACAGCAGACUCAGCAGGGCACUGGGGGCACUGGUCAACAGCAGGGCACUCCCACUAAUGGAAACAACCCUGUUGCUACCCAGCUUUUACUUGCGCCUACCUUCACCCCCGUGCAGGCCAACCUCGUCCUCGACACUGUAAACAUGCGCGUUGCCUUCCCCGUCUCCCAAGUUGACGGAGAGUACAUCCUCACGAUGCAGACCGCCGGUGCUCAAUCAGGUGCUGUCCCCCCUGCCGCUCCUCAGGGCAGUGCCGCACCCGCUGCGCCCCAGCCCGCCGAAGGAGCCCAACCUUCUGCUGCUCCCGCCGGUGAGGCUCCCAAGCCCGAGGCCGCCAACGGCACUGCAUCCGCUGAGCCCAAGAUGAAGCGCCAGGAUGCACCCGAGGACACCAACCCCGCCAAGGGCCAGGUCUUCAUCACCAUGCGCGAGGUCAAUCGCAUGGUUGAUUCGCAAGCUUGGGGUGGCAACGCGCCCAUCACCAAGAUGAUGAGCGAGUACGUCAUGGCUAACAACGGUUCUGCCAAGGCCUAA